AUGCCCGGGCCCGACGCGGAGGGCUCGCCCACCAUCGGGGGAGGUGUGGGGCUCGGCCGAAGGCAUCUUUUUCCCGGGCUUUCUCGGGGCCUCCUCCAUGCCGCCGCCUUCGCCUGGGGCUGGGAAGCCAAGGAGGGCAGUGGGGGCAGGUGCGGGGCGUCCCGUCGGUCGGGUCGGUCCCGCCGGGAGGGGGACGCGUCCGCGGUGACGGAACAGAAGCCCGGGAAGCCUCGGCCCCUCCGCGGCCGCUCGGAAGGCUCGUGCGGGGCGCGGCGUCGGCGCCUUCGGAACCUCCGGGGCCGCAGCUCGCCGCCGCCGCCGCCCGCUCUCCGGCCGGCCGGGGGAACCCGGGGAAGCCUCGCGGCCCAGGGGCGGCGGCGGCGAGACCCCGCCCCGCCCGGCCGGCCCGCGCCUAUCGCGGCUGCCGGCCUGGUCACGCGGAGAGUGGCGCUGCGGGCUCGGGGCCAGCGCCCGGCGGCUGCCGGAGUCGCCGCGGGGCCGGAGCAGGAGCCGGGGCGGGGGCGGAGGGCGGAGGAGCCGACCUGA